AGGGUCCUUCUUUUCUACGUGCCUUUUUGAAUCUCUCUCUUGUAAAGAUGUCUCACGAUCACCUCAUGAACAGCUCCAUGUUACCAACCAUGCAUCCUCCUGAACAUCAUCACUCGACAGCAGCCCCAGGACAUGGCCAUGGAUCUGACAUGAUGAUGAUGGCAAUGACUUUCCACUUCAGCUAUGAGAAUGUGCCAUUGCUGUUUUCUGGACUUAUAAUCAAUACUCCUGGAGAAAUGGCUGGUGCUUUUGUGGCUGUUUUCUUCCUGGCUAUGUUUUAUGAAGGUCUUAAAAUUGCCCGAGAGUGUCUGCUCCGUAAAUCCCAAGUCAGCAUUCGCUACAACUCCAUGCCAGUGCCGGGUCCCAAUGGCACCAUCUUGAUGGAGACACAUAAAACUGUUGGACAGCAGAUGCUGAGCUUCCCUCACCUCCUGCAGACUGUCCUGCACAUCAUUCAAGUCGUGGUCAGUUACUUCCUCAUGCUGAUCUUCAUGACGUACAACGGAUACCUCUGCAUAGCAGUGGCAGCAGGGGCAGGGACGGGCUAUUUCUUCUUCAGCUGGAAAAAGGCAGUUGUUGUGGAUAUCACAGAGCACUGCCAUUAACACUGGAUGCUGCCCAGAAGCCUUUCCACCCCCACUGCUCUCUUGGAAGUGCAGCCAUCACCAAGGACUGGAUCAUUCCUAAGCUGAAAGAGAAACAAUCUAAAGAAAAUCAACUGGAGUUCACCACAAGUUCCUAGCUGGAGUGUAGGGAUGUGAGGAGCUGGGGUAUGCUGCUCCCCUUGCUGCAAGGCUGGCAGCAAGGGCUGACUCUUGAGGGCCCCGUGGUAGCCAAUUCUUGGCUAGGAUUUGCUUUAUUUUUAGAUUAUGCAGUGAUUGAAAU